AACAAAAACAAAAAAAAAAACACCCCAAGUUCUGCGGGCGGCGCGCGCGGUUCUGCUGCCCGGGAGGCGAGGCUGGGGCGCCGCCCUCCCCGGUGCCUGCCUGCGAGGGGGCUGUCGCGCGUGCCACCUGUUAACCCGGCGCGAUCGGCCCAGCGUGGAGCCGCCCCUGCUGAGCAGGGAGAGACCGGGGUCGCCUCGGGAGUCCCCGAGGGGCUGGACUGUGUAAGUGCCACUUUUUGAGGACUCCUUCAGACUUGAGACCCGUGCGGGAAAGGUGGCCAAGCUCCCGAUCUGCCCGGACCCGGCGCGAGCGGCUCCCGCGGCGCUGUGGAGGAAUUCUGAGCGGCCGCCCUGGGACUUGCGCCCAGCCUGGCGCGGGAGCGGGGACUGGAGGCCCGGAGGCUCUCGAGGGUCUCGGAAAAUACGCGUUUUGUUUUUCGGGCAACUUGAGGGAAGCUCUGGAGGACGUGGCUGGCGUGGUGGUCUAGAGGAGUUUGCCCGGAUCGCUGUUCUACCCAAGCCGGCUCCGAGCCGCCUUCGUGGGCGGCCAAUGCGGCGCCGCUGAAGAGCCAACAUCGCCGGGGAUUAUUAUGCCGAUUUUCCAAGGAGCGGGGUUCUCAGCCCCGAGCAGGAGAAAAGGCUGGCUCCUCACGAGUCCGGCCAGCAUUUGACAUCUACAGAUCCUCAGGAUUGUCCAAAUUGUCUCCGAUCGGCCACGUUCUUCUACCUGCGACUCCCAUUUUUCAAAGAAAAAUAUUUUGUUUGCUGCCCUGGUCUUUUCCUACAAUUCAUAUAUUUCCCGCUGGUACAGACUUCAGCCUCCUCAUUCAAAGUAUACUUUACAUUUUCACCAAGUAUGAUUUCUAGUUGAAAGUUUCUUUAUUUUUUUCUCCGUGUUGGAUGAUUCUGUGGAGUUUACGUUGUAAGAAGAAAGGGAGAACAAGACACAAUGAAAGAAAAGUCCAAAAAUGCUGCUCGGACUAGGAGGGAGAAAGAAAACAGUGAGUUUUAUGAACUGGCUAAAUUAUUGCCUCUGCCCUCGGCCAUCACCUCGCAGCUGGACAAAGCAUCCAUAAUCAGACUCACCACCAGCUAUCUCAAAAUGAGGGUGGUAUUCCCCGAAGGGCUCGGCGAGGCGUGGGGCCACUCCAGUCGGACCAGUCCCCUGGACAACGUGGGCCGAGAACUGGGCUCGCAUCUACUCCAGACCCUGGAUGGCUUCAUCUUUGUCGUGGCUCCAGACGGGAAGAUCAUGUACAUCUCAGAGACAGCCUCAGUGCACCUGGGUCUUUCUCAGGUAGAGCUGACCGGAAACAGCAUUUAUGAAUACAUCCACCCUGCGGACCACGACGAGAUGACGGCUGUGCUCACCGCUCAUCAGCCCUACCACUCUCACUUCGUGCAGGAAUAUGAGAUCGAGCGCUCCUUCUUCCUCAGGAUGAAGUGUGUCUUAGCCAAGCGGAAUGCUGGCCUCACCUGCGGGGGCUACAAGGUCAUUCAUUGUAGCGGCUACCUGAAGAUCCGCCAGUACAGCCUGGAUAUGUCCCCCUUCGAUGGCUGCUACCAGAACGUGGGCCUGGUGGCCGUGGGCCACUCCUUGCCUCCUAGCGCAGUCACAGAGAUCAAACUACAUAGCAACAUGUUCAUGUUCCGCGCCAGCCUGGACAUGAAGCUCAUCUUCCUGGACUCCAGGGUGGCAGAGCUGACCGGCUACGAACCUCAGGACCUGAUUGAGAAGACCUUGUACCAUCACGUCCAUGGCUGCGACACCUUCCACUUGCGCUGCGCGCACCACUUGCUGCUGGUGAAGGGCCAGGUGACCACCAAGUACUACCGGUUCCUGGCGAAGCACGGCGGCUGGGUGUGGGUGCAGAGCUACGCGACCAUCGUUCACAACAGCCGCUCGUCCAGGCCGCACUGCAUCGUCAGCGUCAACUACGUCCUCACAGAUACAGAAUACAAAGGAUUACAGCUCUCUCUGGAUCAGAUCUCAGCCUCCAAACCAGCCUUCUCCUAUGCCAGCAGCGCCACACCCACCAUGACGGACAGCAGGAAGGGGACUAAGGCAAGGCUCUCCAGCUCAAAGUCAAAAUCCAGGACGUCCCCAUACCCUCAGUACUCUGGUUUUCACACGGAACGAUCAGAGUCAGAUCAUGACAGCCAGUGGGGCGGGAGCCCCCUGACCGACACGGCGUCCCCGCAGCUGCUGGACCCUUCGGAGCGCGCGGGCUCGCAGCAGCACGACGCGUCGUGCGCCUACAGACAGUUCUCGGAGCGCGGCUCGCUCUGCUAUGGCUUCGCGCUGGACCACUCCAGGCUGGUGGAGGAUCGGCACUUCCACACCCAGGCCUGCGAGGGGGGCCGCUGCGAGGCCGGCAGGUACUUCCUGGGGGCGCCGCAGGCCGGGAGGGAGCCCUGGUGGGGCUCCCGGGCAGCCUUGCCCCUGACCAAGGCCUCCCCGGAAAGCCGAGAAGCCUAUGAGAACAGCAUGCCUCACAUCGCCACGGUGCACCGGAUCCAAGGACGAGGUCACUGGGACGAAGAUAGCGUGGUCAGUUCCCCAGACCCGGGGUCAGCCAGUGAAUCUGGUGAGCGGUACCGCACGGAGCAGUAUCAAAGCAGCCCGCAGGAACCCAGCAAAAUUGAAACUCUGAUCAGAGCUACCCAGCAAAUGAUUAAAGAAGAAGAGAACAGACUGCAGCUCCGGAAAGUUCCCCCAGACCAACUGGCUUCCAUAAACGGAACUGGGAAAAAACACUCUCUCUGUUUUGCAAACUACCCACAGGCCUCAGCAACAGGUGAAGUCUGCCACAGCGCCACCCUGGCCAACACGUCGCCGUGUGACCACAUCCAGCAGAGAGAAGGAAAGAUGCUAAGUCCCCACGAAAAUGACUACGACAACAGUCCCACCGCACUGUCUCGAAUCAGUAGUCCCAAUUCCGAUCGCAUUUCAAAAUCCAGUUUGAUCCUGGCUAAAGACUAUCUGCAUGCAGAUAUGUCUCCUCACCAGACAGCAGGAGACCAUUCUUCUGUCUCCCCAAACUGCUUUGGCUCCCACCGGCAGUAUUUUGAUAAGCAUGCUUACACAUUAACUGGAUAUGCCCUCGAGCACUUAUAUGACAGUGAAACCCUCAGAAACUAUUCACUGGGCUGUAAUGGCUCCCACUUCGAUGUAACUUCCCAUCUAAGGAUGCAGCCAGACCCAGCUCAAGGACACAAAGGAACAUCUGUUAUAAUCACCAAUGGAAGCUGAUGUUUUUCUAAAAUGUUUUGUUCUUCAAGGGUCUCUGAAACAUAUUUAUAGUCUAAUGCCCCGUUACCAGCACUUACUAUACCACAGAUUGUCAAGAGAGGAGCAAUUAAGUUCCUGGGUAUAUGGCCUGUGUUCCCAUGAAAUCAAAGAAGAAAACAUAGCACUAACAUUCAGGGUUAUACACAGAUAAUGGCGAUGAAGUGACUAUAUAAAUAGCCCCUUCAAUUAUAUGGGAACAAGAAUCGAUACGAAUUUGAGUUGAAAAAUACUGUAAAUCAAGGAAGCAUAUAUGUCACAUGAAAGGGCUGAAUGGCAAUGUUGUAUUGUAAUGAUCCCAUUAAAUUCCUGCACACAGAUCACUCACUCUUCACAAAUGCUAUGUGCACUUUACAUGCAGAAGUAGAGAAUAUAUACCAGAAACAUACCUAACCAUGCAGAAAUAAGGAAGAGAUACAAUAAACACACCAAACCAGGGCACCUUUCCCUAACUCUACUAUAUUGAAGCUUCUUAAACAAAAUAAC